AAUGGCACCAAGAUAAACUCAUUAGAAGUGCAGUCAGUUCAAAAUGUGGAGGAUACGGCCAGUGCGGAUUUCAUGGAAAUUGUGGACGAGGCUGAGGUUUUGCACGCAAGGAUUUUGGACGAGGGGGACCGAGACCCCCUGCAAACCAGUCACCAAACUCGGACAGUCACUCCCAUCAAUAAUACCACCAUCGUCAUCAACAACUCCGGCAGUCGCACCGUUGGGUUCAGUAACACAAGCAUCCCAACCAACCAUCAAGGGGAUAGUGCUCAGGGGCGUCUGAGCCACUUUCUGAAUCAAUGGAAGAAGAUUACAGCUCACAAGUGGCCGUUGUCCAUCGUCGAAGAAGGCUAUCGUCUUCAAUGGGUGAGCCCACCUGUGCCCUGGCAGCCACCGAGGAUUGUACGCAACCAAACUGAGCAAACAGUUGUGGAUCAAGCAGUGAAUCGAUUCAUACCUAUUUUAUCUAGUGUAAAGACCAACUCCUAUAUCAUGUGCCAACAUUUCAAGAUGGAGGGUAUCCCGGCGCUCCGGGACCUUUUAGAACCAAUGGACAAGAUGGCCAAAUGCAAUCUGAAGAUGGCUUACAUGGUAGUCAAGUUGCACAAGGAGUCUCGUUGAUAUCUAGCAUUCGAACAUCGAGGGGUUGUCUACCAGUACACAAGCAUCCCGUUCGGCAUGGCGGUUUCUCCU